UUUGCCAAUGUGCACGUUGGAGUCUAUCAUGCACCGUCUUAUUAUGCGGUUUGUGGUUUCCCACGUGUCUCUGAUAUAAACAGGAAGCGAAAAAAAUUAAAGCCCCCGAAUGAAAACAAGCACCAGCUGACUGUCACGUUGUGUUUGUGCCGUGUUUUGAUGCAGGCAACUGCCGGGCGAUGACUCUGCAACCGCUGACGCCGGUCAACUGUGCCAGCCUCCUGCAGCCCGGCUGCUCCCUGCUGCAGCUGGACGGAGAGGUCCUCCUGUUUGGCCAGAAGGGCUGGCCCAAGCGCUCCUGCCCAACGGGGGUAUUCGGGGUGCGCUUUAAGCACGGGGAGAUGAAGCUGAGGGCCAUCUCCUUCUCCAACGAGUCCUCCUACCUGCCUCCCUUACGCUGCCCGGCCGUGUGCCGCCUCGACCCUUACGACGGGUUUCCGGAGAGCUACCUCAUCCACGGCGGUCGCACGCCAAACAAUGAGAUCUCGUCCAGCCUGUAUCUGUUGACCAUGGACAGCCGAGGAUGCAAUCGCAAACUGACCCUGUGCUGCAAAGAAAGGGAGCUGGUGGGAGAGGUGCCGGGGCCGCGAUACGGCCACACAAUGAGUAUGGUCCAAAGCCGUGGGAAGACGGCGUGCGUCCUGUUUGGUGGCAGAUCCUACAUGCCCCCAGGGGAGAGGACCACUGAGAGCUGGAACAGCGUCAUCGACUGUCCCCCUCAGGUCUUCCUGUUUGACCUGGAAUUUGGCUGCUCGUCCGCUCACACCUUACCGGAACUCGCCGAUGGACAGUCGUUCCACUUGGCUCUUGCCAGAGAAGACUGUGUCUACUUUAUCGGCGGACACUCGCUCGUCUCCGACUCCCGUCCGCCGCGACUCUUUCGCCUGCGCGUCGAGCUCCUGCAGGGCAGCCCCUUGCUUUCCUGUGAGUCCCUGGUGACUGGCAUAUCCAUCUCUAGUGCCCUAAUCACCCGUACAGGUCCCGCUCACAGGUACGUCAUCCUGGGUGGCUAUCAGUCCGAUUCUCAGAAGAGGAUGGAGUGUAGCUCUGUGAUUCUGGAUGACAAAGGAAUCCACUUUGAGACACUGGAACCACCAAAGUGGACGCCAGACAUCAUUCACAGUCGCACCUGGUUUGGGGGUAGUGCCGGGGAGGGAAGCAUCCUGCUUGCUGUCCCGACUGAGGGAAGGCCCUCCCAACCAGACACGCAUUACUUCUACCAAGUGAGCUUCCAGACCGAGAUGGAAGGAACCCAAGAAGAAAGAACCAUUGGCUGCAGUCAGGAGUCCACAGAUUACGACAACUCCACUCCUCUGGAGGACUCCGAGGAGCUCUACUUUGGUCGUGAGCCUCAUGAGCUGGAGGACAGCAGUGAUGAAGAAGGGGACGCAUACAAUGAAGAGGACGAAGAGGACGAGUCUCAGACAGGCUACUGGACUAAAUGCUGCCUGGGCUGUCAGGUGGCCGCCAACACGUGGGAGCCGUACUACUCCACCGAGCUCCAUCGGCCAGCCAUGAUCUUCUGCUCCAGAGGAGAGGGUGGACACUGGGUCCACGCACAGUGCAUGGAGCUGACCGAGACCUUGCUGGUCAAGCUUUCACAGGGCAGCAAGAAGUACUUCUGCUUGGAACACGGAGGCCUGCCCUACCAGGAGAUGACCCCACCUCGACAGGUCAUACCCCUGAAACGCAUUCCAUUGAAAGCCAAGGGCAGGAAAACCCCUCUGACCAUCAAGACAUAUCCAACCAAAAAGAGCUUUUUCAGACGCCUGUUUGACUGAAUCCACUAUUAUAAAGUAUAGAUGCUCCUCAUCAAGCAUGAUUUGUAUUUAAAGUGCUAGGUACAGUGCUGUAUGUGUAGAGAACAAAUUGGAGCAAAAGAAUGAAUCAUACAUCCUCUAAGAAACAAUAACACAGAUUAGUUUUGUUUAGUUUUUGUUAUGUUUAUUUUAAAAGUUGUUGAUAUGGUUUCCAUCACUGGGUUGCAUUUCUACACUUUCUACAAAAAAUAAAUAAAAAUUGAUUUUAACAGUU